UAGGCUGAGCUCAACUACAACUUGAACUUGUCUUGCCCGGGAAGUUGUACCGGGCAGGAGUGAGAGUUGUUCAUCGCACGAGAGGCGAUAAGGUGGGGUCCUCUCCUCUUCCCCCUUAGGCCCCUCCUCCAACUUGACGCAUGAGACAGCAUGUUGGAGGAAAGACCCGCCGCUGACCGCAAGACUUUCCACCAUUGAUAAGACAGGCACUAAUGAGAGGCUGAGAGCUCCGAGGAAGAAGAAGAACACCCCGAGAAGAACCGAACAAAUGGACAACGAAUGAAGGACAAGCUCAGGUUCGGUGGCAUCCUCGGACAGUCCCUCGAGAUCUCAGCCACGAACCCCAAGUUCUUGAUCUUCGCCCUCCUCAACGCCUUCCCUCUCUUCCUCUCCCUCCUGCUCUUCGAGUUCCUCCUCUAAGAAGCCUUCUAUGAUUCAGCCCGCACACUGCUCUCCGAUGAAUCUCAGCACACAUUCUGCCGCUGAGGCUUCUGCUAUACAUCUUCUUACGGUCCCGUGAGUUGGAUGAAGACAUUUAUUCCGAAGCAUUUUCACCAGUUUGCCUGCCUCAGUGAGCUUCGCAUACUUGAUCCUCGUUCACCCGCUGGGCCUCCUAAAUACGAUAUUGAUCCUGUGCCACUCAUCGGCACUCUAUGCCGGGAAGACCCUGCAGAGCUUCAGGGGAUUCUUCCUGAAACCCGUACGGCUUCGUAGGCCCUCCGAUCUCUUCUGUGUAUGCGCUCUUGCUUUUGGCACUCGUCUCGCUUGGGAUGAACUCCUACCAGUUCUAUCCCUGGUCGCACGAAGCCGUGGCCAUGAAGCUGGUGCUCUUUUCACUGCUGUCCAGAGGACCUUUCUUGGCUUUGCUGAUGAAGUACGUCGAGUGGAGAUCGAUAUGGAAUAUCGGGAUCGCAAUCUCUGUUCUGGAGGAGAAGCACUGGGACAUCGCGAUAGGGAUGGCGGCAUACCUCAGCAGAGGGAGCCGGAGGCGCGGGUUACUGCCGAUGCUCGUCUUCUUUCUGUGGCGGCUGUGCUUGAGGUCACUCUGCCUCUACUUGGCGUGGGGCAAGAAGGGGACCGGCACCGCAGUCGAUGCAGUGGAAGAGGUUUCUCGAGAAAAAGAUCGAUGUUGAGCACAGGAAAUCGGAUGUACAUAAAUAAACGGCACAAUCAUCUGAUUCGGUGGUAAACUAAUCAUGCCAAUUACAGCUUGCAGAUGAGUUUGGUUUGCAUUAUAUUAUUUUUCUCUUAAGUCGACACCGGCUGCUGCAGACCGACGUGCAGAUUCGAUCAUCCUUGCUUUGCCAGGGCAUUAUUGUUCAGUUCUUCUUAAGCAAGUGAUGUUAGUGGCUCAAUUCAUCUGCUUGGAGAACUUUUCCUCAGCCCGUCAGGUCUAUUGAUACUUGUCCUGAGAUUAUCGUGUGUUUAGUGCACUCGUGAUUUGAGAUAUGCAGUCAAGAACAAAUAUCUUUCCAUAACAAUACAGUUCAUGUUGCAAGUCAUAUCGAAAAUGAAAUGGCACGUUCAAUGAUAGCACGA